AUCGUCGCUCUUUUUUCGCUCCGAACUUCAGGUUAAAUUUUUUGUUGAUCUCUCUUUCAAUAAUACGUAGGUAACUCACUCUUUAAAAUACACGUGAAUGUCUCAUUCCAUAAAGUACUUAUGGAUUUUUUAAAGCAAAUUUCUAGUUUUAAAAGUGAUGUCAAAGAAGAAUUGAUUGAAAAUGAUAUCACACAGCAGGAGCUAUCUUUCAUGGCCUCGAGUGAGCAGAAAUUGAGGGAUCCAGAGUUUCUUUUGGAGACAAUUCUCGGUUUUGUGUCCAGGCAUUAUUCUCACAUUCUGGUCUUGUCCUCAAGUUUUUCAAUCAUCUUCACUUUGUACAUUAUUUUCCUAUCCAUCAGAUUUUUAUACAAAGAAAAGAGGCUGCGAAGAGGAACUCCCGAAUAUCAUCAACUACUCAAAACAGUCCACUCAGCAGCACAAAAUGAUAAUCAGGAGGAGCAUCAAAUUUGUAAAUCCAUUUUGCAACAGUAUCCUGAAAUGAUAAAUUCUUCCAUGAGACCGUAUGACUUCACUCCAUUUCUUAGAGCAUGCUGGGCAGGGAAUACAGAUUUGGUAAAAUUUAUGAUCCAACAAGGCGUGGACAUCGGCAUGACAAAUAUAAAUGGUGACAAUGCCUUCUUUUUGGCAGCUUACAAACAGUCAAAAAAGAAGAUGGAUGAUUGGAACCCUGACAUUUUGAGUGCUCUUUUAAAUGCAGGGAUGGAUAUAAACAGCCAAAAUGAGAGAGGACACACGGCAUUACAUGUGGCAGCCAAAGAGGGUCAUGUGCUUCUAACGCAAUGGCUUCUGUCUCAUGGUGCUGAUCCCGAUGCAGGAAAUGGAACUCAUCCCUUGGAUGUAGCACAUGCUUACAACGAUGAAAAACAUCGGGAAGUUGCAGAUAUGUUGGCAAAAUAUUCGAACAAACCACUUCAGGAUUUUGAAGAGCUAGUUGAGUUUACUGCAGAGGGUCGGAAUAGCAAGUUUCUUCCUUCCUUUUUUUUCCAGCCAGAUUUUCUUCAGUAACGAAUCUUAUACUCUGCUUUUCUUCUAACCAUUCUCCUUACUUUUUUAGUUAAACUACUAGAAGUGCAAAUUUUUAUUUUAGUUUGUGCUCCUGUUUAGAUUACUUAAUGGCGGCAUAGAAUUUUAUUUUUCCUGAUUUUUCUUCCAUUAUUAUCAUUUGCAAUAGAUACAUAGUGAAUUAGUUUUGUUGUCCGAUUGAUACGGUUACUAAUAAGCUCCCACAUCCUCAUGUAUCAACUGUAUUUCACUGUAUCAGGUUUCAUUGUUUAAUUUUAACUACUUUUUUACUCACUUUCUCUACCUAGUUUCUUUGUUGGACUGAUGAUAUCCGUCUCAACAAAACAAUGCGUAUCUAUGUAGAUACUUACAUUUUUAUGUUACUACAAAUAGCUAAAAUUGCAUUGAAGAUAAAGCUGAAUUUCGAUAAAUCUUUAAGGUAUUACUUUAAUGUACGGUAGCCUCGUGCCAGAAUCUGUUCAAGUAUUCGGGAAUUAUUAUACACAGGUAUAAGAAGUACAUUUGAAAGAAAUAACAUCAGCCUGUUGCUAAAAUAAAAUGAUAAUUCGAGUUCAUAUUUCUGAUGAAGAAAACUCAGGUUAUUCAUAAAACUAUAAGUGCAAACCUGCGCUAAAACUUGCUACUUUUAACCAAGUUAGCUUGAUUAUUUACCUUUUUUUCUUAAAUUUUUGCAGCCCAAACUGCAUAGAAUAAUUAGAAGGAGGAAUAAUCUAAGAAGAGAUAAAUCACAGUUUCAUUUGUUUCCUUUUUAAUUUUUUGUUUGUUAAUAAUAAUAACUCAUAACAAUUCAGUAUACAGUUGAAUAACAUGAUUCAUUCUCUAAUAAAUGUACAAACAAAUACGUACACCUACCAAUUGUAACUACAGUUGUUAUAUACAGAAUAUGCAUAGCUAUAUUAAAAACUAUUUACAUGUAUUAAAAUAAAAAAUUAAUUUGGAA